AAUAAAUCUAAUCUUUAAUCCUAACCUUUAUCUAUUAGGUGUAUAUAUUUGUCCUGAACUCUUAUCCUGUAACAAGUUCUUCUUCUAUAUAAAUUGAGCUCUAUGACUUGAUUAUUUACAUACAAGUGUAGGAAAAAAAAAAAAAGCCCUCUCUCUCAAUUUAUAACUAACAAAUUGAGCUCUAUGAAUUUGAUCUUGGGUGAUGGGGAAGUGAGCUCUAGCGAGCUUCUUCAAGCUCAAGAGCUUGUAUUCAACUGUUCACUCAGCUUCAUAAAGCCCAUGUCAUUAAAAUGUGCCAUUGAUUUAGGUAUCCCAGAUAUCAUCCACAACCAUGGCCAACCCAUUACACUAUCCAAUCUCAUUUCCUCCCUUCCUAUCCACCCUUCAAAAGCUCAUUUCAUUCAUCGCCUUAUGCGAAUCCUUGUUCAUUUUGGCUUUUUCUCAACACAACCACAAGAAGAAAAAAAGGAAGAAGAGACAUACUCCCUCACACUUGCUUCUAGGCUUCUCUUAAAAGAUAGUCCUUUUAGGGCUACACCAUUUUGUCUCAUCCCACUCAAUCCACUUUUUCUUACCCCAUGGCAUUUCUUGAGCACUUGGUUACAAAAAGGCGAUGAUGAUCCGACGCCGUUUGAGAUGGUGAAUGGGAUGAAUUUUUGGGAUGGCGUAGGUAAUGAUCCGAUGGCUAAGUGCAUGUUUACGGAAGCCAUGACCAGUGACUCCCAUCUAAUGUCGAAAGUGAUUGUGGAAGAGGGCAAAGAGGUGUUUCAAGGGUUAAGUUCGUUGGUGGAUGUGGGAGGUGGCGCAGGUAUUAUGGCCAAGGCCAUAGCCAAUGCCUUCACUAACAUUAAAUGCACUGUGCUUGAUCUUCCAUAUAUUGUUGCUGAUUUGAAGGGAACACACAACUUGAACUUUGUUGAAGGAGAUAUGUUUAAGAAAGUACCUACUGCAAAUGCUGUUUUGCUCAAGUGGAUUUUGCAUGACUGGAGUGAUGAAGAGGCUGUGAUUAUAUUAAAGAACUGUCGAGAAGCCAUUUGGAGCAAAGACAAAGGAGGGAAAGUGAUAGUGAUUGAUAUGAUUAUUGAUGAGAGCCCAAAGUUGGAGUCAAAGUCAGCUGAAACUCAACUCUAUUUUGAUAUGGUAAUGAUGAUCAACGUCACCGGCAGAGAACGUAAUAGAAAAGAAUGGGAAAACCUCUUCUUGGUUGCUGGAUUUAGCCAUUACAAGAUAACUACAAUUGAGGGACAGGGACUUAGAUCUAUCAUUGAAGUUUAUCCUUAAGAAGUAUAGACAUUUAAGUAUUUCAUUAUGUUAUGUUGUGUUUAUUUAUAUAUAUAUAUAUAUAUAUAUAUAUUAUAAGGUUUGGGUAUGCAAUAAUAAAUAUAUUUUACAAGAGGUGUAUCAACAAACAAUAUAUGGUCAAUUCAUAUGUAUGUUCUAUGUCUUAAUAACUGAUGUAGGACUAUCUUUUCAAUAACUUUAUCUAGCAAUAUU